AUGACUGAUGGCGCGGCUUUCAUCUUAUCAUCCAAGAUUAAAAACCUCCCACCCACGCACCCAUUCCAACUCGUAUUCCGACGUCUUGUGGAUGAAAAAGAACCAUGGACUUCCGGCCAGUGGAUGACGGAGAGAGUUGGAGGCUCCGACGUCCAGAACACCGAGACAUUUGCCAAAUACGCACCCUUUGACAAGGAAUCCAUUGAUCCUUUGGGCGAAGGGGAUUACCUGAUUAAUGGGUUCAAGUUUUUCUCAUCCGCAACUGAUGCGAAUGUUGCUCUGCUACUUGCCAGAACACCAUCCGGCAAACUCAGCACUUUCUUGGCGCCCCUUCGAACCACCGUCGUUGGAAGUGAUGGAACGCAUCGACAGGUCUCCAACGGUGUGCGCAUCCACCGUUUGAAAAACAAACUUGGAACCAAGGAAUUGCCGACGGCUGAACUGGAAUUGAAAGACAUGCGCGCGCAUCUCGUUGGAGAGCUCGACCAGGGUGUCGUCACCAUUGCGCCCCUGCUGAAUGUUACUCGUAUCCACACGUUCAUUGGGUCUCUAGCCGCAUUCCGCCGCGCAAUCUCGAUCGCAAAGAGCUUUGCCAAGGUUAGAACAACAGUGGGUGAGCCCUUAUGGUUGAUUCCCAUGCACUUGCGCGUCUUGGCCGAUCUGGAAGUCAAGCAUCGCGCCGGCUUGAACCUUGCCUUCUUCACGAUUGCGGUGAUGGGACUAGUGGAAGACGAUGUUCUCCCGCCCCCCGAGCUUCCCCAUUUACCCCGGGCUGGAAAAGAGGCAACCGUCGUCUUCCGCACUUUGACGGCAACUACGAAAGCCGUAAUCAGCAAGAUGAGUAUUGCAGGGAUCCAAGAGUGCCAGGAGGCUAUGGGAGGGGUUGGUUUCAUGGAUGAGCCUGAUGAGCCCGAGUUCAACCUCUCCAGGCUGCUGAGAAAUACCUUGGUGAACUCGAUUUGGGAAGGCACCACCAAUGUGUUAGCCAGUGAAGCCACCCGAUUCCUCUUGAAAAAUUUCAACACAUUCGAUGCUUGGAUUGAAAGAGUUCACGCUUCAAUCAAACAUACGGAAUUCCGAAAUGCUUUGACUGUCUCUUGGGCGGCGCUGAAGACUCGAUUCUUGUCAAACAGUCAGAAUCCAGCGACAGUGAUCGCAGAUGGUCGUCGCUAUAUGUUCACUCUAGCUUCCAUACUCUGUGGUACUCUCCUGGCCCUGGACGCCGAGAGAGAUGGAGAUCCAGUAUACCAUGAAAUCGCACGUCGCUGGAUCUUGGAUGUCGAGAGUGGCGUUGGAGGCGCAUUUUCCGACAUUGUUUCCUCACGAGAGUCGAAGUCCUCCCCUACUGAAAGCCACGCCGAUUGGGACUGCAGGAUCGUUUGGGGCAUUGACCUUCCCCAAAGAGUCUCUGGCCACCGCUCCUUAAACUCGACCUCGAGGCUGUAA